AACAGGAAGAAGCGAAGAAAAGUAGGUUAAAUUUUUCAUAAACCGAAGAGGAUGGUCGAACCCAGACGGACGAGCACUUUUCUCGAUUUAUAAAAUUUAUUCACGACUACAGCGUCGUUUGCGGUCUGAAUACAAUUCUUAAGAAAUAUUUAGCAAAAGUAGGUUGUGAUAUUUUUUUUAAGGAGGAACGUAUUUGCUCACAUUGUGAGCUUUAACGACGGAGGGCGACGCGGAUCAUUUCCUUUGAGGGGACCCUGCUGGUCCUUUAAACGUAAAAUCCGUGUUUUUUGUGUCAAUUUUCGUUUUGAUUUCUUGAUUGAAUCGUAUAAGCAUUUCUACGAUGGUUCAGAAAGACAAGAUUUUAGACACUCCUCCGUUAGAUGUAGAGCCGAGCCCCAGCCCAGUCUCUGGAGAGGCUUGCGUGGAGGCCCCGGGCCCAGUGGCGGACCCCGGCAUCGUAGUGGAAACGACGGGCCAGAGAAAAUUCAUUAGUGGGGUUGUCGAAGGGUUCUAUGGGCGCCCCUGGACUAUGGAGCAGAGAAAAGAGCUGUUCAGAAGGCAACAGAAAUGGGGACUGAACACAUAUCUAUAUGCACCUAAAGAUGACUACAAACACAGAAUGUUCUGGAGAGAGAUGUAUUCAGUGGAAGAAGCUGAACAACUUAUGACUUUAGUUAGUGCUGCCAAGGAGCAUGGAAUAGAGUUUAUAUAUGCCAUCUCCCCUGGGUUAGACAUAACCUUCUCCAAUCAGAAAGAGGUCACUGCACUUAAAAGAAAACUUGAUCAGGUUACACAUUUUGGCUGCAAGUCCUUUGCCUUACUUUUUGAUGAUAUUGACCACAACAUGUGCCCUGCUGAUAAAGAAGUGUUCAGCUCCUUUGCUCAUGCUCAGGUUUCUUUAACAAAUGAGAUUUACCAGUACCUGGGAGAGCCCGAAACCUUCCUGUUUUGCCCCACAGAGUACUGUGGGACGUUCUGCUACCCAAAUGUCUCGCAAUCUCCCUACCUCCACACGGUUGGAGAGAAAUUGCUGCCUAGCAUUGAUGUGCUGUGGACAGGUCCCAAAGUGGUUUCUAAAGAAAUCCCAGUAGAGUCCAUUGAGGAGGUGUCAAAGAUCCUGAGAAGAGCCCCUGUGAUCUGGGACAACAUUCAUGCCAAUGAUUAUGACCAGAAGCGGCUUUUCUUAGGGCCGUACAAGGGUCGCUCAACGGAACUGAUUCCCAGGUUGAAGGGGGUCCUCACCAAUCCCAAUUGCGAGUUUGAAUCAAAUUUUGUCGCAAUUCACACUUUGGCCACCUGGUACAAGUCUAACAUGAACGGGGUCCGCAAGGAUGUGGUCAUGACUGAUGGUGAGGACAGCACUGUGUCCAUCCAGAUCAAGCUGGAGAAUGAAGGCAGUGAUGAGGAGCUGGAGACAGACAUGCUCUACAGUCCACAGCUUGCACUAAGGCUGGCUCUGACUGAAUGGUUGACAGAAUUUAGCGUGCCUCACCUAUAUAACAGCCGACAGGUGCCUCAGAGUGGUGCCAAAAGCACGGCCAUCGACGUAACUUCCAUGGCGGCCCCUUCCCUUUGCUCCUCCACGUCAGUCACAACCGUGUUCCAGCAGCCUAUAAUGUCUCCUGCGAUGCCCCCUCUCCUUCUGGAUCCCCUCCAGCAUCCUUUGGCUAAAUCUGAGGAGGUGGACACAGAAAAGAAAGAUUCAGAUGAGGAGCCGAUGGAGAUGGUGGUGGAGAAGGUGGAUGAGCCAGAAGCAGAGGUGGAUCCGGAAGAAAAAGAUGUCGCUCCCAUCUUGGCUGACAAAAUGGCAGAGGACCUAAAACCUAUGGAUACAGACAAGGAGAGUCUGACGGAGUCCAAGUCCUCUGAAGAGUUAAUCCAGGAGGACUCUGCGAGUGAUAUUGCUCCGAUGCAGACAGACGAUCAGCUUAAACAGAUGUGGUCUCUGUGCCACCAGGAUCUGUAUGUGCCGGGCCCCAAUGAGAAGCCUCUAUUCACGCCAGAGGCUCCCACACUGGAGGACCUGUGUCUGCUUGCUGAACUCUUUUAUCUGCCAUACGAACAUGGACCCAAGGCCACGCAGAUGUUAAAGGAGUUCAACUGGUUAAGAGCCAACAGCAGCGUCGUUAGCGUCAACUGUAAAAGGAAGGAAAAUGAAAAGGUUGAAGAAUGGCGGCUUCGGGCGGAGAAGUUUCAAGACAUGUGCUGCUCCGUCAUCCACAUGUUCACACGGCUGUCUAACACAGCCAACCGCACCAUCCUGUUUGACCUCUACCCUUACAUCUGGGACAUCAAGAGCAUCAUGUCUAUGGUCAAGUCUUUUGUUCUUUGGCUCGAUGGAAGAAUCCACAGUACAAGUUUCUACUGCUAUUGGAUGGACAGUGGCCGAUGGUGUCGUAGUCAGUCCUCAGCACAAUUCCCUAAAGGAGAACAAGAGUCCUGGGCCUUUAGGGGAGGUCUAGCUGGAGAGUUCCAGAGAUUGUUGCCAAUAGAUGGGGCAAACGAUCUUUUCUACCAGCCUCCACCUUCUUUGCCAACUUCCAAAAUCUAUACCAUACGGCCGUACUACCCCAAAGAUGAGGCUGCAGUUUAUAAAAUCUGUAAGGAAAUGUACUGUGAAGGAAUGGAAGAUGAGCCGUUUGCCGAGGAGGAACCCGACCUGAUAGGGGACAGGUUAGUCGGAGGGCUCCUGACGGUGAGUUCAGAUUACGGUUUCGUGCUGGAGGAUGAUGAGGGGAUCUGCGGUUAUGCUCUUGGCACUGUAGACGUGAAGCCCUUCAUCAAGAAAUGCAAGUUGAGCUGGAUUCCCUUCAUGCAAGAGAAAUACCACAAACCUGACUGUGAGAAGGAUCUCUCCGAGGCUGAGAAGAUGAUCCUGAGUUUUCAUGAGGAGGAGGAGGGUCUACCAGAAUCUUUCCUGUCCAACUUUCCAUCCCUCAUUAAGGUAGACAUUCACGCCAAAGUCACUGACCCCAGUGUGGCCAAAAGCAUGAUGGGAUGUCUGUUAUCUUCUCUUAAGGCUAAUGGUUCUCAUGGUGCUUUUUGUAAAGUUCGUCAGACUGAUAAACGAAUGAUGGAAUUCUACAGUAAGCUGGGAUGUUUUGAAGUGGCCAAAAUGGACGGCUUCCCCAAAGACAUCAUCAUUAUGGGACGCAGCCUUUGAAGAAGCGCGCUGUCACGGCGACGGGCAGAGCGAGAGCCAGUCGACACACCUUAAGCAUUUUUUGGUACCUCAUCGUGUGGAGAUCCUUCUUUGUUUUCUUCUUUUUGUUUUUUUUUUACCUCCAUUAAAAUUGGGCUCAGCCCAGGCCGUUCUGUUUUUUGGAGGGAGGGGGGGAUUUUUCUAAAUGAGCACAGGAAAAUCAUGCCAUCAUUAUAGGGUGUGGCUCAGUUGGAUUUAACAGAUAAAAGUUAAACAUCAAGCGUGGCCCCCCAGCAUUGAUUUUUAGGACUCCAUGACUUGUUACUACAUCCAUUCAUUCAUCCUACUGAAAAAGGGAGGAGGAAUCUGAAACGGUAGCAACAAUGAAAAGAAGGUGGCUCCUAAAUUUGGCUUUCCUCUUUUCAUUUUAGUUUCUGGACAUCUAAUAAAAAGGAAAGAGGUGCUAAUAGAAGGUUGGAGUGCUUCGCAGCACACUGGGGGAGGAAAGGCCUGAAUGUCAAAGAAAGUGUUGAUAAAAGUUAGCCGAAGGUUCCUCUUGAUUUCCGUUAAAGUAGCUGCAAACAUUUGCUUAGCAAUAGAAAAGCAUCUACAUGUUAACAGUUUGCUUCUUUCUUUUAAUCUUUAUUCAUUUCUGUGCUUCAUUCCCAUCCAGCUGUUGCCUUUUUGAUCUUUACAACUGAUUGUUAAUUUUACAGCAUCUGCUGGGUCUGUUUUGGUUUUAUGUUCCGUUGGUUUUCACAUUUACAAAAUGAUAUGCAUCAGUCCUCGUUUUAUUUUCUCUGGUUAAAUUGAAAUGUUGACUUUAUGCCCUCUUUAUUAAAGAAAGCUCAAAUUAAUCAUUGGGACCAGAAACAAUGUUUUUUCAUCAGGAACACUGGUAGUCAAACCUUUUUUUCUGUAUUUAUAGUUCUUCGAUCAGUACUUAAAUUAAAUCAUCAGUUUUAAAUCCUUUCAUUCUAAUGAAUGUAGUAUCAGGUGAGCCUCUUCUUUGAAUCAUGAUCAUGGUUCUAUGUUCAGUUACAGCUUUAAAGCUCUUGAGCUAGAUCAUUGUUUUUUUUUUUUUUUUCCAAGUUAAAUGUUUGCUUUUCGGACUCAUUUCCAUUUGUUCCUGGAAAAACAAAAGUUUUCUUUUUAGUUUAAGCACUUUUGCUACAGCAGCUGCUCUCCAGUAGCUUCCUGUUUCCAAACUGUACUGAUGUUUCCAAACUGUACAUUCAUGAUGUGCAUGAGGUGUGUUGGAUUUGCUGUGGCUGACAUUGGUAAAAGUCUCCUCUGUUUCAUAUAGGAUGAAGCAUGCCACUUUGAAAAACAAGCAUAAAAGUGUUGUGCUCAGAUUGUUUGUAUAUAUUGUCAUUCAUGAAGUAUUAAAUUGUUUUGUAUGUUAUUUUUGAAAAUGA